AUGGGGCCCGUGGAGGCGGCAAGGCUUGUAGACAUCAUGCGGCAGGUGGACGUGUCGGCGUCAGGGUCGCUGGGACGGUACGAUUUCUCGCUCGCCCUGGACCGAGCCGGGGUGGAGUUGCCAGCAGAAGACAAGGACGCCCUAUUUCGGUCGCUGUCUUCGGCGAGGACGGCAGGGACCGGGUGCGACAUCGAGAUGUUCGCCUACCUAGUCAACUUCUGGGCCGGCCGAAGCGAGGGAGAAACCACGACACCUGUCGCCAUGGCCGCGGGCAGGCGCGAGCGCGAGCAGGCCAGCCACAACAUCUUCCCAGACAACCGUCAGCGGCGACCCGCCUCCCCCUCCCCCGCCGUUGGAGACCGGCGCGAAGAAGAAGCUUCCCCAAAAACGAGGCGCGGCGGGAGCCUCCAUAACGAUGGAGACCAAUCGGCAGUGGCGACGGCGGCUGGGUUUCGGGAUCAUGCCGCUGGCGAAGGGGACAGCGGCAGUCCACCGGUGCCCUCGGCCCACCGGAGGUGUUGGGCCGACAACGUUGGCGUCGACAACGCUGCUGCUAGCAUCAGGGCCAGUGAAUCUCCGGCGCUGAGGGGUGUCGGCGGCGUGGGAGCGGGAAACAACGCCGCUGCUACCGCGGCAGGCAAGCGGAACUCCUUCUCCGUCAACAUAGGCGACAUAAUGAGCCACGUCGCCGUCAAAGACGGCCGCUCCUACUGCGGCGGCGGCGGCGGUGGCCCUAGCGGAUCGAUCGGAGGCGAGGACCCCGGCCUCGAGUUCUUCCACGACAGCAGUCGCCAGAAGCACGAGGGUGCUGUCGCCGACAGGCUUCCGCCGCCGCCGCCGGCGAGCGCUAGGGGGUCAGGGGGCUCUGAGAUGGCGGGGGUGGACGGUGGCGGUGGCGUCCAUGACCACCUCCCCGACCAGGCUUACCUGCACUCCCUCGGCUACGGGAACCUCGGGUCCGUGCUGCCGAUUCUGCUCGAUCGACGGUCGGCCUUAGAAGUGAGUCGUCGGGGAUCGACCGGGUUCGCUUUCAUCUGGCUGCUGAAUGGUGGUUUGAAGGAGGUGCCGUUGUGUGUGUCGGCCUUUCAGGAAGCACGACGGUUUUACGUGGAUCCGUCCUUUGAAGGGCCAACCUCCCCAAGUAUCAGUAGUUUGGCGGUGUGGAUUAUCCUCUAAAAAAGAUUCCGCAGGUAGUCUCAUUUCGUUUGUCGCGAAAGGGCGCUCUUUUACCCCCCCCCCGCCCCCUCCGGACACAUUGACGCUUUGAGUCAGGAAAGACACAUACUGAAACCUCACAGGUUGAUUUGUAUUGGAGAUUGCCGGACACAUAGACACGUGUUGAGUGAUUAUAGCUGUAUACUGAAACCCCACGGAAAGGGGAGGUUUGAGAUUGCCAGACACAUAGACGGGUUGCGUGGGGAUAGCUGCUGGAACCCCACGGGUUGAGUGAUGUUGGAGUGCCGGACACAUAGACGCGUUGAAUGAGGAUAGACACAUAUUGAACCUCACAGGUUGUUUGUAUUGGAGAUUGCGAGACACCUAGACGUGUUG